CAUGGCCAUUGCCUCUCAUUGCUCCACUACAGUACGUACUAUUCAAGAAAGGUUACUGGCUGCUGCUGCUGUCCUGUCAUUGCAUGCUCUGCUCAUCAUGUGGUUUUUUAACAGGAAUGGAUCAUCUGGGUUCUCUUCAUCUUCAACAGCAGAGGAAGUCACUCGUGGGGUUGAUGCCUCUGGCCUCACUGCCAUUGUCACAGGAGCAUCUAGUGGUAUUGGCACUGAGACUGCGCGAGUUCUUGCGUUGCGUGGUGUACAUGUCAUUAUGGGGGUCAGGAACAUGGCUUCUGGAAGAGAUGUCAAAGAUGCAAUGGUUAAGGAAAUGCCCACUGCCAAAGUUGAUGUCAUGGAAUUGGACCUCAGCUCGCUGGCAUCUGUGAGGAAAUUCGCAUCUGAUUUCAAUUCCUCAGGCCGCCCCUUGAACCUCUUAAUUAACAAUGCAAGAGUUAUGGCGACACCGUUCAUGCUUUCCAAAGACAACAUAGAGCUACAGUUUGCAACAAAUCACCUGGGUCAUUUUCUUUUGACAAAUCUUUUGUUGGAUACUAUGAAGAAAACGGCACGUGAAAGUGGCAUAGAAGGAAGAAUUGUAAUUGUUUCCUCGGGGUUUCACCGCUAUCCAUAUCCUGAGGGAAUUCGUUUUGAUAAUAUCAAUGAUCAGUCAGGGUAUAAAAGGUUCCUGGCAUAUGGCCAAUCGAAACUUGCAAAUGUGCUGCAUGCUAACGAGCUCACUAGACGAUUCAAGGAAGAUGGAGUAAACAUAACUGCAAAUUCAUUGCAUCCUGGAGUAAUCGCCACCAAUCUUUUCCGUCAUAAUACGAGCCUUGCCAACGACAAUCCCAUAACAGUCUUUCUCAAGUCCCUUGCCGGGCUUGUGCUAAAAAAUGUCCAGCAGGGUGCUGCAACAACGUGCUAUGUGGCAUUAAAUCCACAAGUAAAGGGUGUAAGCGGUGAGUAUUUUUCGGGUUGUAAUCUGGCCGCUGCAUGCUCAGAGAGUAGAGAUGCCGAGUUAGCGAAGAAACUCUGGGAUUUCAGUAUGGAUUUGGUUCAAUAAAUAUAUAUUGAUGCCUACAAGUUUCUAUGUUUCCAAGAUAAUGUAAUAUAUUUCAGAGGGAUAUGGUGUAAUUCCAUUUGCCAUAUGGUCUCUGGUAUCAGUGUUUGUACUCCUUUAUUGUGACGAUGAAGUCGCAGAAGUAUA